AUGCCCGACACGGGGACGGCAGCAGCAGCGGCCGGCGCCGCAGCCGCGGCGGCCGCCAGCGGUGCGUCCACCGCCGGCGACGGCCCCGAGAGCUCCCGGCACCGACACCGAGCGCAGCAGGGAGACGCGGAGAGGCCGGACCCGGGCGCUGCCCCGCCGCAAGCCUCCUCCGGUGUACUGGAUAAGCUGUUUGGAAAGCGGCUGCUGCAGGCCGGGAGACACAUAAUGUCUCAUAAGUCUUGGAUGAAAACGGUGCCCACAGAGAACUGCGAUGUCCUCAUGACAUUUGCAGACACUACAGAUGACCACACGUUACUAUGGCUACUAAACCACAUCCGGCUGGGAAUCCCGGAGCUCAUCAUCCAAAUCCGGCAUCAUAAGCACACACGAGUCUACGCAUUCUUCGUCACCGCUACAUACGAAAAUUUGCUGCGAGGUGCUGAGGAAAUGGGACUGAGGAAAGCGGUGAAGCCCGAGUUUGGUGGAGGAACACGAAGCUUCUCCUGUGAGGAGGACUACAUCUACGAGAACAUCGAGAGCGAGCUGUGCUUCUUCACCUCACAGGAGAGGCAGAGCAUCAUUAAGUACUGGCUGGACAAUCUACGUGCCAAACAUGGGGAGGUGCUUCAUAAUAUCAGCUUCCUGGAGGGCCAGCCAAUCAUCCCGGAGCUGAGCGCGAGAGGUGUGAUCCAGCAGGUGUUUCCUCUCCAUGAGCAGCGGAUCCUCAGUCAGCUGAUGAAGUCUUGGGUUCAGGCUGUUUGUGAGAAACAGCCUUUAGAUGAUAUCUGCGACUACUUCGGGGUGAAGAUCGCCAUGUAUUUUGCCUGGCUGGGUUUCUACACCACGUCUAUGUUGUAUCCUGCUGUGAUCGGCUUUGUGCUUUGGAUGCUCACAGAGUCGGAUCAGACGAGCCGUGACAUCUGCUGCGUGGUGUUUGCUCUGUUCAACGUGGUGUGGGCCACUCUGUUCCUGGAGCGCUGGAAGAGGAGGGGCGCUGAGCUGGCCUACAAGUGGGGAACGCUGGACACGCCCGCCGAAUCCCUGGAGGAGCCACGGCCUCAGUUCAGGGGAGUGAAGCGCUGCAGCCCCAUCACGGGAUGCGAGGAGUUCUACUACCCUCCAUGGCGGAGGCGAGUGUUCAGGUGGCUGGUCAGCCUGCCCAUCUGCAUCCUCUGUCUCUGUUUUGUCUUCCUGGUCAUGCUCAUCUGCUUUGAGCUGCAGGAGUUUGUGAUGGGGAUCAAGGAAAUGCCUCGGCUGGCUCGCUUCAUCCCCAAAAUCAUGCUCGCUAUCACUGUGACUGCAUGCGACGAGGUGUAUAGGAAAAUCGCCUGCUGGCUCAAUGACAUGGAAAACUAUAGACUCCAGAGUGCCUAUGAGAAAAAUCUCAUCAUCAAAAUGGUUCUUUUUCAGUUUGUAAAUUCUUAUCUCAGCCUUUUUUACAUUGGAUUCUACCUCAAAGACAUGGAGCGCCUGAAAGAGAUGCUGCUGGUGUUGUCUCUGUUGCGGAGUCUGCAGCGGCAGGUCCGGGUCAAUCUGCUGCCCUCCCUCAUCCUCAAGAUCCAGAUGUUUAUGGUCUCUGUCCCCUGGUUCUUCAGGGCUUUACUCAGGUCCAAAAUGCUGGCCACUCUGCUCAUCAUACGCCAGUUCCUUCAAAAUGUGAAGGAGGUGCUGCAGCCUUACCUGUACGAGCGCCACAAGCUGGGGGAGUUAACGCUGAGAGCCGUGUGGGACCUGCUGCUCUCGGUGCUGCUAAAAUAUGCCCGACUGGCAGCUGGAAAAGCCCAGGCCUCUCCCACUGACCAGGCCAUGCCGGGACCUGGACUGAGGGGUACCAGGCCCGGAGUGGGGCAGCCGGAAAGAAGGGAGAAGAAGUGUUUGAACGGGGGAUGUGGAGUGCCUGAUGAGGAGGAGGGAGGUGAGAGGGACGAGGCUGACAGCGGGAGGUUCAGCGAAGGAGAGACGGAGGAGGAAAGUUUGAUCGACUGCGGUUUGAAGCUGAGGAAAGUCAGCUUCAUAGAGAAGGUGGACAGAAGGCCGGCCUGCGCCGGGCCCCCCAUGGACAACAGCUUCCUGGAGGAGGGGAGCCCCACGAUGGUGGAAAAAGGAAUGGACCCUGCAUCUGUGUUUGAAAUGUGUGAUGAUGACGAUGAUAAUGGCAUCCAUGAUGUGAAGGACUCAGCAGGAGGCGGGACUGAGGGAGUUAACGCUGCCGCCGCUGCUGCUGCUGCUGCCGCCGCCGCUGCUGCCGGCAGCGCUGCAUCGCUGCCUUCUGGCUCUGAGAGCAGCACAUCACUGCGUCACAGAAGAAGAGGCCGGAGCGCAGAGAGACUGGAGGCCAAAACGAAAAGGGAAUCAUGGAUGGAUCCUCCUGAGGAGAGAGAGAGCACCACACUGACUCAGGCCGAGAUGGAGAGCUGCAUGCAGACAUAUGCUGACACCUUCCAGGACUACCAAGAGAUGUUUGUCCAGUUUGGCUACGUGGUGCUCUUCUCCUCUGCCUUUCCUCUGGCUGCCAUGUGUGCUCUCAUCAACAACAUCAUUGAGAUCCGCAGUGAUGCCUUUAAGCUCUGCACUGGUCUGCAGAGGCCUUUUGGAGUCCGAGUAGAGAGCAUCGGCCAGUGGCAGACUGCGAUGGAAGCCAUGGGCCUGAUUGCCAUCAUCGUGAAUUGUUACCUGAUUGGUCAGUGCGGUCAGCUGCAGCGCCUCUUUCCGUGGCUCAGCCCCGAGAUGGCCAUCAUCUCCAUCGUCAUCCUCGAGCACUUUGCUAUCCUCCUGAAGUACGUCAUCCAUGUGGCUAUUCCUGACAUUCCUACGUGGGUCCGAGAAGAGAUGGCUAAACUGGACUAUCAGCGCAGGGAGGCCUUUAAGAAGCACGAGCGUCAGGCGCAGCAGCAUUACCAGCAGCUGCAGAGGAGGAAGAGGGAGGAGGAAGAGAGGCAGCGGCAGGCGGAGCAUAUGGCCCGCAGAGAGAGGGAGCGGGACGACAGCAAAGGUGACUCCUCCGGGGAUCACCACCACGACAAGAGUCACGGCAGCAAGUCACGCUCCGGAGGCGGAGGAGGGGGCAGCGGGUCGGACAAGCCCAAGAGGCCCAGCUCCCUGCUGGCCAAUAAUAACGUGAUGAAGCUGAAACAGAUCAUCCCGCUGCAGAGUAAGUUCUCCUCAGGCGGUGCACGCUCCCCUCAGUCGCCCACUGGCAGCGAGCCCAAACUGCCCGGGUUCCUGAGCUUCAAGUUCCUCAAGUCACCUGAGAAUAAGAAGGAAGGCGCUGCGGCUUCUGUGGCCGCCGCCACGGCCACUAACGCCACAGCGACAGCAUCGUCGUCAUCAUCAUCCUCAUUAUCAGGUAGCAGCUCUCAGGAGCGUUCUCAGUCACCCAGCAAAGCCUUCAACCCUGGGAAACUGUUUAACUUUGGGAAGUCUGAGGGAGGAACGUGUGUGAACGGGGCUCCGCUGCCCAGAUCCGGAGAAGGAUCAUCAUCACAGUCAUCAGAGAGACAACCCUCCAGGUCUGACUUGAAUGGCGUUCCAGACGAGAUCCCCUCGCCUGGAGGGGAAGGGUCCGAGAACGGUCAUUCGACAGACUUGGAGCCAGCCGGUUCUAAAAUCUAGUGGCUCCAGAGAGAAAAAAACAAACUUGUCUUUGGUUACAUCUCCACCGAAGAGGUGAUGUGUUUACUGUGAGGAACGGCCUGACCUACCUUCUGUGCUGUCACAGGCCAUGUGUAGAAGUACUUGAAGCAGAGAGAGGCGAAGAUGAAACUGAUGAGAGAUGACUGCUGUUUUGGUUUGCUUUUUUCGCUGACAGACAAAAAACAGGCUUUGUAAGAAAGACGUAAGCCCUUCUAUCAUGACCGAAAAAACACACACACACACUCCCUCACACACACACACACACACACACCGACACACACACAAACAUACAAAUUCUUCCUUGUCUGCAAUACAUAAAGAAAUGCAUGAGCUGCGUUUCUAAUAUUUUUAAGCCUUUAAAGCAGAGAGCUGUGUUUCUUGAUUUCUUCUAGUCAGAAAUUGUAAGCAUCUCGGUGGCCUCGCAUCAGGACGUAACGGCCUGUUGUGGACGACAGAGAUUUAAAAAACUUACACGGUGGUAUGAAAGGAUUACCGAUUGUACAUCAAAUAACUACUGAGAGUGUUUUUUAGGUGUCACGACACAAGUGAUCAUUAGAUAUCUGUCUCAUUUUUACCUGUGAGGAAUUCUUGGGCCCUUCACUUUUGUACUGAAGUGGAAAAAUGGAAAAGCAAUAUCAGUCAGUGUUUUAAUAAUUCUUAUCAAGAUCCCCUCCUGAAUAAUCACCCGAUAUAUCACCAGCUUUAUUUUCAAAGCAGAGGUGAUAUCUGAGCUUUGUACACUUCCUCCCAUCCUGUGGCAAAAAAACAACCUGAUUUGUUAAAGAGCUUAGUAAGUCCAGUUAUCAGUGUCAUUAUUUCUCCCAAGAAAGCGAAAUGGAGGCAAGAAAAGAAGCAAAAAAUAAAUAAAUAAAGAAGCAGAUGAAGGUGAUUUUGAGAAAAUGGAGCAUGGAUGCCUGUUGCGUGCUGUUCUCCAUCCGAGCCCGUAGAGCACCUUGUAAACACAGAUGGUGCUUCUCUCCACACACUCCAACCCAGACUUGGCAAAUGAACAUCGAGUUAAAGACGUAACGUUUGCACUAAACCCUGCAUAGAAACGCAGAGAGAGCCGACACCAGCCUGCCUCAUCGCAUUAUGCAACAGCUGGAUUUUAUUUUGUCCCUGUUUCUACGUGGUGUACGUCUCUCACCUGAAAAUAUGGGAUUUCAGAACAUUCAGACGAGCCUCUGUUUUGUUUCGUAUCUUCAUUUUGCUUUGAUACGCACCGUUUUGCAGAUGAUGGAUAAAUUCCUUUUUUUUUUUAUAACCUAAGCAGUAUUUUUCAGGAUUUACUGUAAAACCCAAGAUGCACAGUACUCUACAAACGCUUUAGGCACUAAAAGAAUACGAGGAUGCGUUCAAUAACAGUCAUUAACUUCAUACAAAAGUGCAAAGGCCAUACCGUCUAUUGCACGAUAACGUGUUUCUUUCUUUGUGUCGUUGGAGUUGUUCGUUUGAAACUAAUCAGACGUUUCCAUAAAGAAUAAGAACGUAAACAAAGCGUCUAAAACGUUUGCACAGUACUGUAUGGUCUGGUUUAAAAAAAACCUUUAAGUAAUCAAGCCCAUCAUCGCACCAUUUAACCGGUGUUUCACUUCUGCAGGGUCUCCAGAGGGUGGUGCCAGUUCACCUGCACAGAAAAAAUUCCCUUGUUUGGAUUCAUGAUUGUGUUUCCUCCCCAACAUCUGUCACUAGUCAUCAGUGUUCAGGCAGCAGAACUGUCCGGCUGCAGCUUAGAAAGGGAAACGCAUUAGAUUAGGUUCACAGUGACGAGUUGUAGAGGCCAUUGCACUGUACUGUAGGCUGAGAGACAGAAACAUUAACUAUGCAUUUCCACACGCUCACCUCCAGCAAAGGAUUCUGGCAAUAACACUGAGCUGAAGUUGACUUGUAAUACAACAUAAAAUCUAAACCUCCACUGCGUCGUCCCCAUCUAGACUCUAUGCAUCUUUUCUUUGUGUCCCCCUCACUGUUGGUGUCAGCUCCCUCCAUUAAAAUGUAAAGAAUCUGCCCUGAUCCCCAAUUAAAACGACAGGUUUUUGUUGCUGCUUUCAUGUGUCAGAUUUUUAAGUGUAGACCAUGUUUCAGUCUCACCCGCCUAAAACACAAAAAAAAGACAAAAAAUGUACUUCCACAGUCGGGCAAAAAGAUCUUAUCGAUAUUAAAUGCAAUACGGAAACAGACAGGACGUCGGUUUGUGUGGUCCCGGUUAUCAUUUUACUGCAUUAUGUUCUUUUUUUAAAAUAUUUGGAGGCCACUGUUCAUUAUAAAUGUAAAAUGAGAAGUGCAAGGCUGAGAGAAAUCUUAUAUCUCUGUGUGUCAUUCUCAGUUAAAGGGAAACGGACCAGCAGAGAGCAGGAUGGUAGCCGAGAACGGUUUAAUGAAACCUAUCGGAUUUCAGGGAUGAAUGACGUCAUGAUGCAAUAGAGUCCAUUCAUCAUCGUUUGUGUGGAGAGGAUGUGACUAACAGGAGAAGGCCGAGAUCAGGGCACAGUGAAGAGGAGGUUUGGGUCUCAGUGUGAGCCUCAUUCAGGUAAAGUUAUCAGCUUCAUAGAGUAGACAUGGAUAGCAUAAAACCAACUCAUCACUUCUUUCAACCUUGCACUCUUAGCUGCAGCAAAACAUCUGGCACGCUGUUCUUAUGGAGGUCUUUAAAUCAGCAUUAAUCGAGGUAAAAGUAACAGAUUUUGGUUUCGCUGAAAACUUCAUCCCACACCAGGAGCGACAGCAGCACCACCGUUUUAUCGAGCCAAGCGCAGGCAUCCCCUCGUGACAGCCGAGGCUCCUCACACGUCUCCAAAUUCACUAUCAAAGCAACUGUGGUUUGUUUCAAGAGUUCGGGCUUAACUUCAGCGUACAAGAAUUAUCAGUCCAAUGUGAAAUCAGUGGGAAAGGACUGAAUGGAUUUAGUAAAUGUACUGUGUUCUGGAUUUUAAGUGUGGAUGUGAAGAGGUGAGAUUCUCACCAGAGCUACAUUAAAACCUGACCCUAACCUCAAAAUUGAGACACUUUCAUGGAAGCCUCACUUACAGAACAUCAUACGCUCUUCCAAUGUACCACUGUACAAAAAAAAAAAAGAUCUUUUAAAGGAAAAUACUGGGAAAUGGGAUUAUUUAUUUCUUUUAAUUUAUUUUGUCAUAUUUUUGUAAGACCUGAAAAAUAGUUAAUAAAACUAUUUCAAAUGCAUUUCC